GAGGCCGGGUGGCCUGCUCGCCCGUGACGAGCCGUGACGCCUCAAUGGUUGCCCGGGCGUGGCUCGGGGGUUCGGAGGCCGGCGGCUCUUCUCUUCGACGCACCUCUUGUCAGGAGUGGGCGGCUGCGACUGCACCUUGGUCGGCCGUCGGGGCCGAGAACCAUGAGCCCCGGGGACGCGGGCUGCUCCAACGGGCUGCUGCUGACGGUCGGCUGGCUGCUCCUGGCUGGCCUCCAGUCCGCGUGUGGGACGAACGUCACCGCCGCCCAGGAUCCCGGCUUGGCCCGCGAGGGCGAGGGCGAGAGCGAGAAUGAGGGCGACGAGGAGGCCGACAGCGAGAGCGAGGCUGAGAAUGAAGCCCAGCCUGUGCCUGAGGAGGAUGUUUCAAAUACGACAGUAGUCAAAGAAGUAGAAUUUGGGAUGUGCACCGUUACAUGUGGUGUUGGUAUUAGAGAAGUUAUACUAACAAAUGGAUGCCCUGGAGGUGAAUCCAAGUGUAUUGUACGGGUGGAAGAAUGCCAUGGACCAGUAGAUUGUGGCUGGGGUAGACCAGUUUCAGAAAGUCUUGAAAGUGUUAGACUGGCAUGUAUUCAUACAUCUCCUGUAAAUCGUUUCAAAUAUAUAUGGAAACUUCUAAGGCCAGACCAACAACCCAUUAUCCUUGCAAAUGAUUCAGCAAUCCUGGAAGUACACAGAGAAGUUCAUCCCUUGGCUUUUGAGUGUACGACCUUGGAUAAUAAUGAAAUAAUAGCAUCUAUUAAAUUCACAGUCUAUACAACAAGUGAACUGCAAAUGAAAAGAUCAAACCGACCAGACACUGAUGCAGUCCUAGUUUUUGUGCUGACCAUAGGAGUUAUUAUCUGUAUAUUCGUGAUCUUUAUACUGAUCUUCAUAAUUAUAAACUGGGGGGCAGUCAAGUCUUUCUGGGGAGAAAAAGCCUCAACAGCUGAGAUACACUCUGAGCUGAGUUCAACAAGAUACAAAGAUUCAACUUCUUUUGACCAAUCACCAGCAGAAAUACCUGGAAAUGAAGAUGAUGCUUUAAGUGAAUGGAAUGAAUGAUAUAUGGAUGAUAUAAAAGAAACCAAAGUAGAGUAGAGCAUAUCAGAUUCAUUACUAUAAAAAUAAAAUAUAUGGUGAAAUACUUUAAUAAUAUUGCAAAUGAUUUCCCACAGUCUAAAGGUAAUAUAAUAUGAGAAGGGGCUGUUUUAGUUAGGGUAUCUUUGCGACGGAGUUCUCAAAAGUUAAUUUGUUCUCAACAUUUGCCAUGUCAGAUAAUUACUUGGUAACAUUUACCUAGAGGUACACACACACACACAUAAUAUUCUAAACACAUUUUUGAUCAGUUCAAUCACUUCAAGGUGAUGUGCCUGUUUUGUCCCAAAUAAGAAAAAUGUAAUAUAGAAGAUGCCUUGCAUAUUAGACUUUCUCCCUUCUGGGAGCACUGAGUUGAACAACUAAAGCAAAUCAUAAUUGAGAAUUUCUGCAGGGCAUGUGACAUACAAAGAAUCAUUUGUAAGACAUGAAAUAAUAAUAAUAACAGCAACAACAACCACCAACACUUGGUAACUACUAUGUGCCAAGCAUCCCUCAAAGCAUUUUACAUUAUUUUAGGUAAUGUAACUAAGAUUGUAUAUAAGAAAUUUGUGAGGAGGAACUGGGGUGGAACUUGGAGAUGGCUGAGUAAAUGAUAUAAAUUUAACAUGCCCUGUAUUUCUCACAGAAAAAAUAAAAUAAGGACUUUUGAAUGUCCACUGAUAACCUUCAUUAUGCUUGGUAUACAGGUAAUAACAUCUCAAAGCCAUUAUUUAUUUCUGAACGUCAUCACUGUCAUUUUGUGCUGUGUCAUUAUGUGAUACAGCUUUGGCCAACUAUCAUGCAAGAUGCCAAGGCACUAGACAAUUUGAUUUCAUAGACUUAUCAGAAAUUAAUUUUCAGAGGUUAUGGUAGUAGCACAAAAUACACUUAAUUUUUUAUAGAUGAAUUCUAUGCCAACUUUGUUGCUCUUAUUACAAGAUUUACCUGAUGACAGCAUUAACUCUGCCCAUCUGUGAAGAAGACACUGUAAAUGGGCAUUAUUGUAUAUGUCCCUCUAGUAGCCUAGAAAUAGGCUGUGUUGUGGAAUUAUCCAUGCUUUCUAUUUUCUAUUUGUAUUUGAGAGA